GUCACAUUAACCGACUUAAAAAAUCAAGGUAACAACCAGGGACAAUUGACGCCGGCACUGAAUAUUUAAACACUUUCAAAGUUUGCGUAGUAGGUUUUAUGAAUCAAAGUAUUCGUAUGUCAACAGAUAUAUUUUACAUCCCAGCAGCGCACCUUUUAAAAUAAAUUUUCAUCUUUCGGUUUUAUUGUUAUCAUGAAAGAACACUUUGUGCGCAUGCUUGCGCUUGUUGCGAUUGUACUGUGUUUUUCGUGGACGCUUACGCCAUCAGUUUUAGCGAAUGGAAACAUCAAUAACAGUGUUGACAACUUUUGGACAACAUUCGCCCAACCGUACCAAAACGCUGUCAACAUUCUAGCAUAUGAGACACUAAAACCACUAGCGGAUGCUCCGAUACCCGUGGGAUCUGCGGACGCCCACCAGCUGAUCCACAACAGCAAAGCAAACUUACAACGCUUUUACAAUAUUCUGGAGCCAAUGCGCGCCGCAUCGGAGGAAUUACGUCAGCAGCAGGAUCAACGUGUUACUAACAAAACCCUCGAGCUGCAAUUGCUCGAAAACGAUCUGCAGGAUACAGAACAGAAAAUCAACAAUGCUACUACCGAUCUCAACGAAAAGAAAAGGCUACUCACCGACGCUCAAACGCAAUUAGCCCGAGAGAUUUCCAGUCUAGAAGAUGCCAAUCGUCUGCUGCGAUCCCGCGAGGACGCACUACACGACGCCAAAAACUGCAUCUGGCGUUCGAAACGGUCAUUGCGUGUACGGCGCUUUGGUGGUUUUCUCAAGAAAGUCGCCCACGGUGUUGGGCACGUUGCCAGUCAAGUGGGACAUGGGGUGGGCCACGUGGCGCAGCAAGUAGGGCGGGGAACGGAGCAUGUGGUGCAACAGACUGGUCACGGACUGAACCAUGUGGGCGGUCAGCUGGAAAAGGGUGGUACAAAAUUAGUGGGCCACGUCCGAGAUCUGGUGAAUAUCGGAUGUCCGUUGUGGGCCGGCGUGAAAUCAGCCCGUGCAGCCGUACGCAGCGCAGAGACCAACGUGGCCAAUCAGCGGCAACGGGUCACCAACGCGCAGGCCAAUGUCAACAGCGUCCAAGCCACAGUCGACCAAUUGCAGCAAAUCAAGACGCAAAAAGAGCAACAAAAACAAAUUCUGAACAAUCAUAUUGCGGACAUGCGGGUUACACUGGAGAUGCUGAGCAGGAUUAGCGUAAAAGUCAAGCAGGUGGUUCUGUAUCUGGCCAGUUUAUUUGAUGUGGGACAGACUUUACAGAGCAUCAUCAGGAAAAUGGUUGACAUGGCAGAGUUGUUGGAACCGCUGCAGGAAAUCAGCACGUUGGUGGGAUCUUUUGGUGGUCAGAACACGACAGCGCUCCUGCAAGCGACGGAGAGCACUCGGCAAAGCAUGCUGGUGCUGAAGGACAAGCUGCCGCAGUAUCCGCUGCUUGAUGUCGCAUAAUAGCGUUUUCUGUUGUUUUUAUUGGUGUUGUUAACUCUGCCGUCUCUGCGUAAACACCACUAUCUACGUACAGAGACAGUGGUUCCUCUUCUUAAAGAAGAACUUCGUUAUUGCAUGCCGUAA